AUGGAAGAAAACUCUGCGAAGAAUGCUGUCUUUGUGGCUUCUGAGAAACCCCAAGGAAUGGAUGUGAUUGUUGAGGGCCCCGAUUUCAAUCAUUACGAUGAGCGAAAGCAGAAUGGAGGACCUGGAAUCUCUGUCGAAGAGUUGAUGCAAUCCUAUGGGAAGAUGGGAUUUCAAGCUACGCACCUUAGCCAAGCAAUCCAAAUUAUUAACGAGAUGAAAGAUUGGCGUGAUCCCAAUCCUCCGGAAGGAAAGAGUGAAAAGGCUACCGUCUUUCUUGGCUACACCAGUAACCUAAUUUCGUCCGGUAUUCGUGAAAUCUUGCGUUAUUUAGUACAGAACAAAUGCGUUGACGUCCUUGUAACUACCGCAGGAGGUGUGGAAGAAGAUUUGAUCAAAUGCCUUGGUCCCACUUAUCUUGGUGAAUUCCACAUGGAAGGAAAAGGUCUUCGCGAAAAAGGACUAAAUCGUAUCGGCAACCUCAUUGUACCUAACGACAACUAUUGUCGCUUUGAAGAGUGGCUCAUGCCCAUUUUGGACAAGAUGGUUGAAGAACAAGAAACUCUUGGUACACACUGGACUCCUUCUUCCUUCAUCCAUCGUCUUGGUAAGGAAAUAAAUGAUGAGAGAAGCGUUUACUAUUGGGCUUAUAAAAACAAUAUACCAGUUUAUUGCCCUGCUUUGACAGAUGGUUCAAUUGGUGACAUGCUUUACUUUCAUACCUACAAGGCCGACCCACGUCCUAUUAGCCUUGAUAUCGUGGCCGAUAUCCGUAAUAUCAAUUCGCAUGCUGUGCGUGCCAACAAAACAGGCAUCAUUAUCCUCGGAGGUGGUGUUGUGAAGCAUCAUAUCUGUAAUGCAAACUUAAUGCGUAAUGGCGCUGACUGGAGCGUGUACAUCAAUUCUGGAAAUGAGUUCGACGGAAGCGAUGCCGGUGCACGACCUGAUGAGGCCGUCAGUUGGGGAAAGAUCCGUUCUGAUGCUAAAAGAGUAAAGGUCUACGGUGAAGUAAGUCUUCUUUUUCCGCUAAUUGUCGCUUCUACCUUUGCGAAAUAG